CACAUAUGCGUGCAUUAUUAGUGAAACAAUUUGUUUAGUCAACUAAGUGCACAGUAUGUAUAAUUUAUCGAAUUUGGUUAACUUCAUCAUAUGCCUGGCCACCUUUAGUCAAUCCUUUGAUGGCUCACUGGCCAUGAAGCGUGGACCACAUCAUCCUCGCGGUGAGACACGUAGAGUGGAUCAACAUCUGACACACGAGGAACAUCGCAUUGAUGAUGAUCUAAGGGAUAUGGGCGUACAGGCUAAUUUGGAGGACAUGAGUGAGGAGGAAAAGAUAUUUUAUAUGUUUAAGGCUCAUGACAAUGACAAUAAUAACGCUUUAGAUGGCUUGGAGAUGAUACAAUCGGCCAUGCAUCAUAAUUCUGAUUAUUUAACAAAUGCUGAAGGUGGCAACUAUUUGCAAAACUCAAGUGAAGACUUGGAGCAUUUUAUAGAUGCCAUAGAUAAGUUUCUAUUGAUAGCUGAUGAAAACAACGACGGCAUGCUGCAAUAUCCCGAGUUUGUCAAGGCAGUAACCGGUGGCAAGGAUCAACUGAGCCUGGAGCGAAAUAUGCUGCGCUAACUGCCCCAAAAGCCAAAACAUUUCUAGCUAAUACCUUAGUUAAAUUUAUAGCAUUUUAUUAAUACAAAUGUGUUUGUAUUUUCCAAACUGAAACAUAGAGACUGUGCAAUACACUCACACACACUCGUCUGUGUACGUCUGUACACUAACACUAACACAAGCAAUACUAACAAUAGCACUAAAAGCAACACGAUAUUUGUACUACAAA